AUGUUUCGUCUUUUGUCUUUGAUCACUCUCAGUAUAGUUUUAUUCUAUACUAUUGGAAGUACUUUGGCUGCUGAACGAUUUGUUACUGGAAAAAUUACUCAUGAUGGUGUCAAUCAUAUCGAAAAAAAUUCCAAAGUUGAAGUUAGAUUACAAGAUAUUAGUCUGAUGGACGCAGCAGCAAAAGUAAUUGCAUUAGUAACUAUUACCCAAGCUACCGAAUUUCCCAUUCCAUUUAAAAUCGAAUAUAAUUCAGCAGAGAUCAAAUCUCAUCGUAGUUAUUCAGUAGCUGUUCGAAUCAAUGGUCCUAACAAUCAACUUCAAUUCAUAAAUGACAUGAAUAUACGCGUUGAUCUCACUAAACCAUCACCAACAGCUGAUGUUCCUGUUAUUCGAAUCGGUAAAGCCCCUAAUAUGGUGUCAUCAAAAACAAAAGAUAAGAAGGUAUGCGGACCGGUGAAAUGUCCCGGUAAAUCCAGAGUCUGUCCAUAUGGAUUUCAAAAGUUAGAUGGCUGUGAAAUUUGUAAAUGUCACGAUCCAUGUAAUCCACCAGGAAAGCCAAUACUAUGUGGACCACAUCAACGAUGUUUCGUUCAAAAAAAUGCUAAUGGUACAUUUGGUACACGUUGUGAUACGGUAGCCAAGAAACAUACUAAGAAGAUAACCGAUCCAAAAGUCGUCUGUAAACAACCCUCAGUUACUGGUCCAUGUAAAGCCUAUUUUAAGCGCUUUUAUUACAAUUCAUCAAAGAAAUCCUGUGAAAAUUUCGCUUACGGAGGAUGUGCUGGCAACGAAAACAAUUUUGCCACCAAAGCUGAAUGCGAAAAAACCUGCAAACUUCAAUAG